AUGCCUAAAGAAAAAAAAGAAUCAAAAAUUAAAAAAGAAAAGAAAGAACUAAAGGAAACGAAGGGAAAGAAAGAAUCAAAAGUAAAGAAAGAUAAAAAAUCAACCAAACAUGAUAAAGAGGCUUCAACAACCAGUAAAGAAAUAUUGGAAAUGGUAAUUGAAGAUAAAAAAGAUAAAAAAGAUAAAAAAUCGACUAAACGUGAUAAAGAGGCUUCAACAAUUAGUAGUAAUAAAGAAAUAAAGCCAGAAGAACAAUUGGAAAUAGAAAUGGCAGUUGAAGAUAAAAAAGACAAAAAGGAUAAAAAAGAUAAAAAAGACAAAAAAUCAACGAAACAUAGUAGUAGUAGUAAAGAAACAAAGGAAGAAGAACAAAUGGAAAUUGAAAAGACAGUUGAAGAGGAAAAUGAAAAAAAAAAAAUGAUUGUCCAUUAUGAUUUAAAUGGUCUUAUCCCAUUUGCCAUACCAUUAGCUUCUCAAGAAUUUACUUUACAAUUGAUGCAAACUAUAAGAAAAGCUUCAAAUAGUAGACAAUGUAAACGUGGUGUAAAAGAAGUUAUAAAAGCUUUACGUAAAGAGCAAAAAGGUCUUGUGGUGAUGGCAGGUAAUGUAUCACCCAUAGAUGUAAUUUCACAUAUACCAGUUUUUUGUGAAGAAAAAGAAGUGCCGUAUAUUUUUAUUCCAUCAAGAUCAGAUCUUGGAUUCUCAUGUACUACAAAACGUCCAACUAGCGUGGUAAUGAUUUUGCCUGACAAAAAAAAAGAUGCUGAAUAUGAAAAACAUUUUAAAAAAUGUCUUGAAAAAGACGAGCAACUGGUAUUUUGA